AUGUGUAGGGCACAUAAUUGGCUGGGCACGGUAGCUGCAACACAAAACCCUCACGUUUACCUGGCCUGGAGGCACAACUGGCCUGAGCAAAAUCAAUCCGGUUGCCAAGCCUCCUCGCAAGUCAGUCGGUCUGAUGGUCCGGUCACAAGACGGCUUGGACGAAACCCAGUUUCUCUCUUCGCCUUGUCUGUAUUCCACACCAAUCCUCUCGCCCUCUGGCGUCUAGGCCAUCAAAGAUUUAUACUUCCUGGCCGAGGCUCACAGACAAAUUGA